AUGGCGCGGGAGCUGAGCCAGGAGGCCGUGCUGGACUUCCUCUGGGCGGCCGGGGGGCGAGCCCCCAACACGGCGCUGCUCCGCCACUUCCAGACCUUCCUCCGCGACCCGGCGCUGACGGAGCAGCAGCGGCGGGAGCGCCGCGAAUAUUUCAAGAGCCUCGUCAAUUCUCUGGCCACCGUCCACCCCGGCGCCGCACCCGGCGCCUCCAAGGACAUCGUCCUCCGACGCAGGUACCGCGACCUCCUCGGUGAGGAGCUGCCGCCGCCGGAGGAACAGCGGGAGGAGGAAGAGAAGGAGCCGCAGCCGCCCCGACGCGACCCCGACCGGCGGCGCAGCCCCCCGGGGAAACCGAACGAGAAGGGGCAGCCCGGCGGGUGUCAGCCCCCGGGGGUCGCCGUCGUGGCGGGCUGCGCCGCCCGGGGCCGCGGUGGCCUCUGCUGCGAGUGCCGCCGGCGCCCUAGAGGGCCGCCCCCAGCCCAGUCCCUGCCAUCGGACCCCGGGGCGCUGCCCCCUGACAGGCUGCCGCAGCCCCGGUCUCCGCCGCAGCCCCGGUCUCCGCCGCAGCCCCGCACCAGGGUGCCCCCACUGAAGGUCCCACCACCUUCAGCAGGCCCAGCGGGGCGCCCCCCCACCGGACCACCCCAGUCCCCGCUGCUGUCAUCGGGUCCCAGGGGGCUGUCCCCCACCGAGCCGCCUCUAUCCCGGUCGUCGCAGCCACCCCUCGCCGAGCCACCCCCAGCCCGGUGCUUGCCGCUGCUGUCCGCCCCGGCGGUGCUGCCCCAGUCCCGGUCCCUGCAGACUCUACCCACCAGCCGGUCCCCGUCCCCACCGCUUUCACCGGGCCCAGACGCGCUGCCCUCCACCAGGCUGCCCCCAUCACAGUCCAGGCCACCCCCAUCCCAAUCCCCACCACAAUCCCCCACCCAGCCACCCCCAUCCCAGUCCCUGCAGCCCCCACCUGCCAGGCCACCCCCAUCCCAGUCCUUGCUGCCAGCACAGCUCCCCACAGGGCUCCAGGCCCCGGAGAGCAGCCCCCCAGCACCUCUGCCUGUCUUCAGGAGCAUCAGGUGCCAGCUUGCUUUGCAGGACGUGCAGGGCAUCACCUCUUUGCUGCCCAAUGACUGUGGACGGCAGCCUCGCACAAUGCCCACCAAGAGCUGCUGUAGGAAUGUCACAAGCCGGGGGCUGUCGGUGCCGCUGGGGCAGCGGGAGCACGCCUGGUUGGUGGCAGUGUCAGCGGGGCGCUGGGCUCAGGUGCGGGCGCUGUUCCUGGAAGAGCCGGAGCUGGCCCUGCAGCGGGACUUCAUGUCAGGCUUCACAGUCCUUCACUGGCUGGCCAAGCACGGGGACGGGCCAGGCCUGCAGGAGCUGGCAGCAGCGGCGCGACAGGCCGGGCUGGCCCUGGACGUGGAUGCCCGCUCGGGCUGUGGGUACACUCCGCUGCACCUGGCUGCCAUACACGGCCACCAGCUUGUCAUCAGGGUGCUGGUGUUGCAGCUGGGGUGCCAGGUCCAGGUGCGGGACGGCAGCGGGCGGCAACCCUGGGAGUAUCUGGGCAGCUCCACCUCAGGGGAGAUCUGGCAGCUCCUAGAGGCACCCCGAGGCACGAUUAUGUUCCCCACCAAGCCCCUGGCCCGCAGCGUGUCCUCUGUCAGCAAGGUCUCGCUGUCUGCUGGCAGGGCAGCACUGCCUGCCUGCCUCAGGCCACAGCACGGCCACGGGGCAGCAUCCCACGGAUCCAGCAGCGAGAGUGACUGA